GAUUCAUUUCAUUCUCAUACCUCAUAUCAGAUCAUCAGCAAAGAAUUUUCUCUUCUCUUCUCUUCUCUUAGAUAUUCCACAAACACAAGAAACCAGAUAUAACAUCUCCAAAACAAAGUCCUCAUUACAUUACACUACAUUUUUGAUUGCUUUGCUCACAACUCUAUCGAUAUUAUAAUAUCCGUACCCCUCAACUUACCCCAAAAUGUAUCCCAAGAUCUCUCUUCAAGCCACAACCGCUAUCGCCAUCUUUUCUGCUCUCACCAGUGCACUUCCUUCUCCCAUCGACACAAACACAAAAACAUCGGCUUGUUCCGCCGCCACGCUCGACACCACAUGUAUCGAUACCUACAACAGCUGCAUGACCAGUGCAUCUGGCGACAAUGACGCGAUCCAAUCCUGCGCACUCAACCUAUCUACCUGCACAAGCACAAGCACAACGGCGAAGAGAGAUUCAGAGAACCAGGAGAAGAGAGUCGCGACCGUGUGCACGAAUGGUGCGGUGGGGAGUGUGGCGUGUGUUGGAACGUUUGCGACGUGUAUGCAGGCGGCGGUUGGAGCGGGCCAGAUUACGAGUUGUGCGUUGGCGUUGAGUGCGUGUGAGGUCGGGGUUAAUACGAAGUGAGGAGAGGGGGAUGGGAAUACUUGGAAGAAGGGGAGAUAGGGAAAGGGGAGAGAGACAUACAAAGACGCUUGUCAUGUAUUAUUUUGUAAUUUGGAUUUAAUUUUCGUUUCGAGAAGAUGAAUCA